AUGGCCAACAAGGAGCGGAAGAAAGGGCAGGACGAUAAGAAGAAUCCCUUGGCCGCCAUGAUGGACGAGGAGCCGGAGCCUGGGAAGCACGAAGUGGGCAAACUCGAGGCAGGCAACCCAGAAGGGGACAAGAAGGCAGAGAAAAGCACUCCCGACGACAAGAAGCCCCAGCCCGGCUUCCUGCAAACUCAUUACUUCGUGGCGCUUUAUCGCUUCAAAGCCCUGGAGAAGGACGAUCUGGAUUUCCACCCGGGGGAGAAGAUCACGGUGGUGGAUGACUCCAACGAGGAGUGGUGGCGGGGCAAGAUCGGCGAGAAAAUCGGCUACUUCCCCCCAAACUUCAUCAUCCGGGUGCGGGCGGGCGAGCGGGUGCACAAGGUCACCAGGUCCUUUGUGGGCAACAAGGAGAUCGGGCAGAUCACGCUGAAGAAGGAUCAGAUCGUGGUGCAGAAGGGGGAGGAAGUGAACGGCUACGUCAAGGUCUACACCGGCCGCAAGGUGGGGCUCUUCCCUGUCGACUUUCUGGAGGAGAUUUGA